AUUAUUGAACGUUUAAAUGAAAGUUAUUCUUCUAUAAUUAAAAAUGCAAAAUGUUCUAAUGUAAUCUUCAUCCCAAUAAAUGUGAAUAAUUUACAAAUAAGACAAAUUAAUUAUACAAAUCUCAUUCAAGGUGUUCAAGGAAUUGCUGAUAUUGAAUUAUUACUUAUUAAUACUACAAAUAUGAAUGAAAGUCUAUUUAUUACUGCUUUAAUAUAUCAUGGAAUGAAUAUGAGUAGGACUUUUAAUAUCUAUUUAUUGAAUAUUGAAGUUAAUC